CCACUUGAACUAUGCAUAUCAGCGUAAAUAGACAUCGCGAGCACUUUCACUUCUCAAAUUUCAGGACAGAAAUGCAUAGUCAAGCUCAGCUUUAGCAAUUCCUUUACUAUCAUAUAAGUAGCAGACUCAGCUGUAAGUGCGUGUGUCUAAAAUUAAAGAAAAAACUACCACAGUGAUGAAUCCUCAAAUUUGGUUAGAGAUACAAUGUACCAAUGAAAUUCAAUCAGAUUUCUUUCCUACACUUGUAGCAUUACAGUAAAUAUUUCUACAUCAUUAUAUACAUAUAAGUAGCGAAUCAAAUCUCCUUGUUGCUGCUUUUAUUUAAAGUCAUUAGGGUCAGAAGAUAUCUUGCAACAUCUGCCGCUCAACUCUCCCAUUGUUUGACUGUUUGAGACACUCAUCUAGUUUUAGCCCAGUUCUCUGCAUCUGUAUCACAGGUACACUAUACUACUGCCCUUCUGUGUAACACACCAGCUUCUGUAUCUGUAUAGCCUGUAUAUCUGUGUUACACAUUAUGUAUUUGUGUAUUUAUCUAACUGUUCUCCACUUCCCUAACACAUUGAGCUUCUUGAGCAUUAUUCUCUAUUGACAUAUUGUGAAUGAGUCUGGUGUUUGUUUCUUACAUGUGGGUAUUUUACUGUCGCUGUGCUAUCUAUCAACCAGCAUUUUACUUUUUUAAGUUAUUUCCAGAACAAAAUACACUUUUCAGACAUGAACCAAAGAUCAUCUCCAGUCUCCACACAUCGGCUCGAAAUCAGUCACAAGUGACUUGUAUGACCCUUGUCUAAUUGCUGUUGGUGACUUGUAUGACCCUUGUCUAAUUGUUGUACGUGCCAGCUCUGUUUUUUGAACCUGAAUAUGCCUGGAGCAAGACAUCUUUUCCAGCUGCUGGCAAUUCAUCAAACCUGCUACCACACUAGAGAUCACAUGCAUGUAGCAACACAUGGGAGUUGGGAUAGUAAGCUUUCUAGAUAGCUUUGCCCAUUGGCAUGUGCAUAACGGACAGAAAAUAAUCCAUAGAUAAAGUAGAACAUUUGAUUGUAAAUGCAAACUUCACAGAGAUAGACAUUGAUGCAAGUCUUUCAAAGGGAAAAUGUCUAAGUACAAGCUGUACAUCCUUACAUCUGCUUACAACACACUUACAUGACUCAGAGGCACAUACUUUGACAAUUCAUACAACAUUGCACACUUCAUAGUUUGGGCCAUCCUUGAAUAUCAAACAAACUUUUUCUGCAACAAGAUCUUGUUUUUCCUAACCCACCCCUAAACAAAGAUAGCAUCCCAACAUCCCUUGACAACAAGCAGGGGGAUUUUUGUUCCAGCAGUUUGACAGCAGGUCAUUUGGGUUUCAAAUCCCUUGAAGCCUCCAAUCAGGAGGCAGAUGCAAGCUGAUUGGUUAUCAGGCACUCCAGUUUUGGCUCCCACUUUUGGCGGGAAACUCGGUAUACAUGUGCAGGCUACCCCACAAGAUUACUUCAUCUUCUGCACAGACAACCAGCCGGUAUGGGUCUAUACUGUUUUCAUUAUUUUGUACCUUGGUUGUAAUACCGUAAUGUACAAUGUUUCUAGCUUGUUUAAUAUGAAUACUUGAAUCAAUCAUUGUAGAGUUGUGAACUGUUUCAGUUUCAGUUUACUGUACUGUUAAUUUUUUCAGCACAUGACAGACAAUGUGGACUGAUGAGUUGCCACAGUACUGUGACCUGUCACAGACUGCACAGUACAGACCUCUAUCCCAGGAGGAUCGAGAACUUGUCACCAAACUUUUCAAAGAUGCUAGUCCCAGUGGAAAACGCGGGGUAGACUUGUUGACAUUACAGGAUGGAGAAUGGGUCCCAGACGAUAUCAUUGAAGAGUACCUGGAAGUCAUUCAAACGUCAGCGCCUAAGACUUGCAAAAUUGAGUAUUUCAACUACAACGUCUACUUGAACAAGUUAAGGACAAGGCCAGUCUUCGACAAUUACAAGAGUAACCAGAAGACACAGAAGGACAUACAAGGAAGUGACAUAGUUUUCAUGCCAGUUCACCAAGCUAACCACUGGGGGCUUCUUGUGUAUUAUCCAAAGAAGAAGUGGGUCAUUCUGUUUGACUCAUUGCAAGUAUCUUGCUGCAUCAAUCAGAAGACAGCUUUUGAGAGAGCAAAACGUUUCUUGACUUUCUACUUGCCUGAAAGUGAGCUAAACUGGAAGGACUGGACGUUCUACAUGCCCUCACCUGAUGAAAUUCCCCAACAAAAGAAUGGGGAUGAUUGUGGUGUCUUUGUUUGCCAGUAUGCAUUCCAUCUUGCCAACAAGAUACCCCUGAACUUUUCACAGGCUGCAAUUCCUAACAUUCGUAAGUGGAUGGCACUGGAGAUACACAGUGGAUCCCUGAGGAAAGAGCGCAUUAAGCUGUUACCACUUGAAGCAAUGCCAACAAGAAGGAAAAAAGUGAGGGAUGAUUCAAAGAAGCCCCGUCACAGGUCUCCCCCACCAAUGCCAGGACAGAGGUGUGCCGUUAUCGCGAGAGCGCUUCGUUCAGCCUUGGAGCACAGCCUGAACAGUAGUAGUUCUGGUAAUGAUGCAGACAUAAGCAGUUGUGAUACAUCUUUUGACGAUGAUUCAACUUCGUCGCUGACAAGGCUGCUCACAUCUACUCCAAAGGGAAAAACAAAGCCACACCUCUUCAAGAAGAAAAAAGCUGAAAAGGCAAAAAGAGGGAAAUAUGCUCAGAUGGGUACUUCAAGAGAAGCCAUCACAACAGCCUGGACUACGUACUGUGGAUGUGGCCAGGACUGUUGUGGGAAAUUGGGGACUGACAUCAUACGAGUUUGCAGGGAUAAGUUUUGGAGCUAUAAUCAAGACAAACAACGAGAGUUUAUCCAAGGGGCUCUGGAAGCAGGAGACAGGAGGAAAGAUGGUGGAUCAUAUGAGUUCAGCAUCCAAGGCUACAAGAUAUGUGCCAGGGCUUGGUGUCUUGCACAUGAUGCAAAGAAGUCCAGGUUCUAUGAGAUUGUAAAGGAAUACGAGGCUGGAAAGAAGGUUGUGCCAGAUCUACGGAAUGGAAUGAAGUAUGAAUCUCGUAGGUACUUAGAGGCCAAGCAGUGGCUAGGUGAAUAUGCCAAAAAAUAUGGUGACAUCAUGCCAAACAGCAACAACAUCCACCUGCCUCAGUGCCUUCAAAAGGUAGAUGUAUUCAACAGCUACCUGGAAGAGAUGUCUUACGAGAACCAUCUGCAACUAACAUGGUUCAAGGCCAUGUGGAGAAAAGAGUUCCCUAACCUGAAAAUUCCACCGAGAAAUCGUUUCACAAAAUGUGAUGAAUGUGAGGAACUCAAGAAACAGUUAAAGGAGGCCAAGAUCGAGGAUGACUUCAAUGCAUUGAGAGAACGAAGACAAAGCCACCUUCAACUUGCAAACUCUGCACGCCAGAAAUAUUACAAACACAUCAAGAAAGCAAAGCAGUACCCUGACAAUUACCUCAGCCUGAUCAUCGACAGCAUGGAUCAGAACAAAACAGCGUUGCCCCACUUUUCCACCCCGACCAAGAAUCAGUCAUCACUGGAACAGAUGAAAGUUCACCUAACAGGAGUGUUGGCACAUGGACAAAGGAAGUCCUAUGUGUAUGCAUGGACUUCCAAAUACCGCAUGGAUGUGAACAUCACGACAAACGUCCUGAUUGAUGUCCUAACAGACAUUUCUAAGGCGAGAGGAGGUCGGCUACCCAGCACACUAUAUCUGCAACUGGACAACAGUGCAAAGGAGAAUAAGAACAAAUUCAUGAUUGCUUUCUGCACUUGGCUGGUAAAACUGCAAGUCUUCCAGAAGGUCAAACUAGGAUAUUUAAUGGCCGGGCAUACCCAUGAGGACGUCGACCAGAUGUUCUCCAGAUUUUCAGUGAAACUUCAGAGGCAGGAUGCUACCACCAUACCAGAGCUAUUUACAACAAUAGAGGCAAGCUAUGCACCUAAACCACAGUGCAGAUUAAUACAGGCUCUGUGGGAUUACAGGACCCUGAUGUCCAACUACAUCAGUGCUGACCUAUCAGGUCAUUCAAGGCCCCAUAACUUUGUCUUCAGAGCUGUUGACAAGAAAGUCUGUCUACUAGCUCAGCUCUGGCCUGUGCCAACAUGCCCCAAAAUUGACAUUAAUGUAGAUACAUUUAUAGAAGCAUUUCCAACAAAGCAGCAUAUUAAACAUGUCUGGGUUGGUGUAGACAAUGAGGCAAAUGAAGACCAUCUGGAACAAGUAAGAAAGAUGACUAAUGAUAUUGACAAAUGGUCAGCUAGUUUGAGAGUGAAAGAUGGGUUCAGGGAGUGGUGGGAGGACUUCUUGAGCAAAGAAAACAGACGUAGUAAACCACCAACUGAACCAUUAUCAAAGCUAGGAAAGUUCAUCCCCCGUACCAAGCUUCCCACUGUCUUGAACGAAAAAGUCCUUACAGUUUUAGACAAGUUCCAAAAGAAAUCCCAAGACCCACUAAAUAUCAAAUUGAAAAGAAAAGCAAAGACUCAGACACAGGCAACAACAUCAAAAAGACUAAAGAAAAGCUGAACUAUUUGUAUUUGGUCAGUUACUGAUUAGCUUAAUUGAUUUUGAUUUUAAGCCAAAAAAUUGUCAUGCUCACUUUUCCCUUAUCACAAUAAUCAAAGACCCCACCUUUUAUUGUAGGAUAUUAUGCUUUAAUUUGAUAAAAAGAUGAUUGAUGAAAUUAUCUUAAUUAUUCUGUCUGUUUGAAAUUGGUAGUUUGCAUUUCAGCUAUUUGUAAAAAAGGUACUACAUACAUUUUCUCGUACCAUGCUGUCAAGGUAUCUUUAAUCUAUCGUUUGCUAGACAGAAGGAUUCCCAUUCAUUGAACAGCUCAAGAAGUUCUCCCAUCAUAUUUUGGUACAUCUGUUUUACAGUCAUUUGAUGCAAGUGUAACAUGAUUAAUAUGCUGCUUUGUUGGAAAGAGCCAUGAUGAUGAUGAUGCAAGUGUCAAUAUGUUGUCUGUCACAUGAUUAAUGAUAAUUUGUAUUAAAAUUGUAUGAUAAUGUCAUGUUUUGAUGAUGAUUUUGAUCAUCUGUUUUAUAGUCAUUUGAUGUAAGUGUCAAUAUGUUUUCUGUGACAUGAUUAAUGAUAAUUUGUAUUGAAAUUGUAUGAUUAUGUCAUGUUUUGAUUAUGAUUUUGAUCAUCGGUUUUAUAGUCAUUUAAUGCAUGUGUCAAUAUGUUUUCUAUCACAUGCUAUUGAAUGUAUAAUUAAUGAUGAUUUGUUUUGAAACUGCAUUAUAAUGUAAUGUUUUGAUUAUGAUUUUGAUCAAUGUUGAUAUGUCAAUGAUGCUCUAUUUGAUUAUAAAUGUAGUGGUUGUUGAUGUCACAUGAUGACGUCACAAUUCAUGUUUUUGAUUGAUCGUGGCUUUAAUAAUUGUUGGUAUGUUGUUCCCAUGCAGAAUGUACUAUGUCUAUGAACCACAAAAAUGCAAAACAAUUGUACUCUACUCGAGUCUAUGGAAGGACCAGUUGAUCUUCGUAGGGAUCAAAUUAUAGGAAGUUGGAAUGAUGCGACAGAUUUUGCAAAAUGUGGUUAGACAUAUACAAUGUAAAUAAAGUUUUCUUAGGAAUUCUGUAUUCAUGAUUGUUAGAGCAAUUGUUUAAUAUGCCAAUCAAGAAGUUAGAAAUCCAGUCUUGAAGAGAUGUUACAAGACAAGGUUCAGUAUGAUAUGAUUAUCAUCAAGACCUUGAUAUGAUAUACAUUGUCUCCGUUGAAUAAAAAGCAACAAAAACUUACACACUAAAACCUCAUCCCUUCAAAACUGUGUCAAAAGGUGACUACGGGUGUAUGUGUGUGUGAGGGGGGGCAAUAAGUUCUGAGCCUCUCCAAGAAAUAAGGUGCCAAACUUAAAUUGCCCCAUUAUAAAGUAUAAAACCAUAAUCUUAUGAAUGGCUACCAAAAUUCAAAUCAUCAAGCAUUUCCAUUCAGUUAUAGGAAUAAAAAGUUCAAGAAUAAAGAGAAAGAGGAAUGAUAAUCUUUGGGUGAUUUGAUAUUCAAUUAGAAGAAGGGUGUAUAUUUAGAGUAAAAGUCUAUCUUCAAGGAAUAAUACUAUUAUACAAUGUAUAAUUUAAUAUAAGUCAGAAACAUAGACUUUGGUGUCAGUAACACUUUAAAAUGCACCCAUAUUGAAUGGUGGCAUACCAUGGUGCUUGAAACUAAUUUACCAGUAACAAACAUGUAUAUCUGUAUAUAUGUACAUAGUCACAUGGAGCAAGCAUACAUUUACUAUGAACAUCAUGUAAUAACUGUAGCAUUGCAUAUUAUAGCAUAUUUUUGAGAAUCCUGCAUGUGACUUGCAGAAUUCUGCAUGUGACUUGCAGAAUUCUGCAUGUGACUUGCAGAAUUCUGCAUAUGGAGUGCAGAAUUCUGCACAUUGGUUGCAGAAUUCUGCAUAUGGUUUGCAGAAUUCUGCAGUCCAGUGCAGAAUUCUGCGCAGAAUUCUGCGAACAGAUGCAGAAUUCUGCAGAACUGACCUAGUCCCGUGGGACCUGCCGAUGUUAUCUACGUAACCGUCAUCAUGUACUAUGUCAUAUUAUAGAAUAUUAAACUUAUUUCUUAAAGUAUGUCCUAAUAAUCGAAGUUUUCCGGAUUUAGAGUGUUUUUCCGGAUUAAUACUGUCG